AUGAUAACCCCCCGCCUUUAUCGCCGCCGAAUUACUUGGGUGGCAUCCCUAGUCGCCCUCUUCCUCCUCUACCAUUUCUUCUCUCUCCGCUCCGACCUCGACGCCCCCGCUGUAGCCGCCAGAACCAAGACCUCGCAGAACGCCGACACAAGUCCAAAUGCAAACGCCAAUUCCAACACCAACCAGAAUGCCAAAGCAAAUGCAAAUAAUGGCGAAACGGGGCAGGACGGCCCCAUCUGCCCACCCCUCCCCGGCAUGGAAGACGUCCUCGUCAUCCUCAAAACAGGCGUCACAGAAGCAUUAGACAAAGUCCCCGUGCACUUCCAAACAACCCUCCGCUGCGUCCCCAACUACGUUAUCUUCUCCGACCAUGAUGAGGAAAUCGCCGGCGUUCGUGUCCAUGAUGCUUUGCGCAACAUGCCCGAUGAAGACCUCAAGCAGUCCAUCCCGGACUUCAACAUCUACAACCGCAUCCGCUCGAUGGGGCGGGCUGGACUAGCACAGGAUGACUUUUCAGACGUUGCGAAUUCCGCGCUGGGAAAACCGGAUAACCCGGGGUGGAAGUUGGAUAAGUGGAAGUUCCUGCCGAUGACGAUGGGGACAUAUAAGUAUAAGAGUGAUGCGAAGUGGUAUGUGUUUAUGGAGGCGGAUACGUAUUUCGUCUGGGGUAGCCUGCUGGCGUGGUUGGGAAAUUUCAACCCCGAGGAUCCGUUGUAUAUCGGUACCGAGACGCAGAUUGCAGAUGUCGUCUUCGCGCAUGGAGGAUCUGGUUUUAUCGUUUCCAACCCGGCCAUGAAGCGCGUUGUUGAUGAGUAUUCGGUCAAAUCGAACGAGAUCCACGCCUACACGGCCGGCCACUGGGCUGGUGAUUGCGUUCUGGGCAAGAUAUUGCUGGACGUCGGUGUUCCGUUGCAUUUCUCCUGGCCUAUGUUGCAGAACACGGCUGUCGCGGAGCUAGACGAGUUCUCGCCUGACUUUUACCGUCGUCCGUGGUGUUAUCCUGCCGUUGCCUUCCAUCACUUGUCUGCGCUGGAUAUACAGAGUCUUUGGGAAUUCGAACAGAAGCGCUACAAAGAGUCCCGCAAAACCCUCCUCCUCCACGGCGACGUCUUCAAAGAACGCAUCUACCCGGAACUCGCCCCCGACCGCUCUUACUGGGACAAUCUUUCCACCGAAGAACACUCCGUCGCCGUCGACACCUACGAAGACUGCCAGGCGCUAUGCGCGACGGCCCCGCAAUGCCUGCAGUUUACUUUCCGCGCUGGAAGAUGCUACACUAACAAGACGCCGAAGCUGGGACGUUCGAGUGCAGAUUCUAGUUCAGGGUGGAUUAUGAAGAGGGUGGAUGGGAUGUUGGCUUCGGCACCCAAGUGUCGGAAGCCGGAUUUCGGUUGA